AUGGCUCCUCUCGUCUUCCUACUCCUAUUCGGCCAAAUCCUACUCUGCACAGCCGUCGACACCAUCACCUCCACCACACCGUUGUCCGGGUCACAGCAGAUUGUGUCCCAGGGCGGCAAAUUCACCUUGGGCUUCUACUCCCCACCGCAAGGUAACACCACCUCUAGCAAUUACUACAUAGCCAUAUGGUACAGCAACAUACCACUGCCAACCACCGUGUGGACGGCAACCACCAACGUGCCGGUGUCUGACCCGACCACCGCCUCCUUGGAAAUCACCAGCGACGGCAACCUUGUCCUCCUUGAUCAAGCCAAGAACCGACUGCUAUGGUCGACCAAUGUAAGUAUAGCAUCCAACUCCACCGUGGCCACCAUCAGGGACAGUGGUAGCCUCGAGCUCAUUGAUGCCUCCAAUUCAUCGAUAGUUUACUGGCAAAGCAUAGACCAUCCAACAAACACCUUGCUUCCAGGGGUAAAGCUCGGGCUGAACAAAAUCACUGGUGUUAGCCAGAGGCUUGUUGCUUGGAAGAGUGAGGCAGAUCCAUCUCCUGGGUUGUUCUCGCUGGAGCAUGACCCAAACGGCACACCACUUUAUUUCGCGCAGUGGAAUGAUUCCAUAAGCUACUGGGCUAGUACCCCUUGGGACUUCGAUCUCCCGGGGAUGGUGGCCUUGCGAUUCGUCAACAGCUCCACAGAAAGUUACCUCUUGUACUCGACGAAAGACGACUCGGUCAUCACACACAUCAUCAUCGACAUUAGCGGGCAGCUCAGGUUGUUGACAUGGCUGGAUUCCUCACAGCAGUGGAUAUUGAUCUGGACCCAGCCACAGACGGAGUGUGAGGUGUAUGCGCGCUGUGGGGCAUACGGCAGCUGCAACCUCAAUGCCCUGCCGUUCUGCAACUGUGUCAAGGGGUUCAGUCAGAAUGACUGGGACCUUGACGAUUACAGUGGUGGGUGCAAGAGGAACACACCAUUGCAGUGCCAGACCCACUCGACUUCUGCACAUUCUCGGUCUGAUAAGUUCUAUGCCAUGGAAGAUGUGAGGGUACCUGCUAAUGCUCGGGGUGCAGUGGCAACAAGCUCUCAGGAAUGUCAGGUGGCUUGUCUGAAAAAUUGCUCCUGCUCUGCUUACACUUACAAUUACACUGGGUGCUUUGUUUGGCAUGGGGACCUGCAGGUUAACCUCGGAGAAGGAUACAGCAAAUUUUUUGGAGAUGGCACAUUCUUCCUCAGGCUUGCAGCAUCCGAGCUACCAGAUCAGCAAAGGAAGAAAACAACGAUCAUUGGCUCAGUUAUUGGUGGAGUUGCUGCAUUUUUUAUAAUCCUUGCAAUUGUGUUGUUCUUUCUAUCUCGGACGUGCCGCCGAGACAGGACUUUUUGGAUAUCCAAGACUGCUGGGGCCGCACUGACUGACUUCAGAUACAGUGAUCUGCUGGAUGAUAUUCAAAGCAUUGAUUCACUUCUUCUCGAUCUGUUAACUCUAAGAGUGGCUACAAAUGACUUUGGCGAAGGAACUAUGCUUGGUAAAGGAGGUUUUGGAAUGGUUCAUAAGGGAGUCCUACCUGACGGUAAACAAAUAGCAGUAAAAAGGCUAUCUCACAGUUCCAGACAAGGAAUAGGUGAACUGAAAAGUGAACUAGUCCUUGUUGCUAAGCUUCGCCACAGGAAUCUUGUGAGCCUAAUUGGCGUUUGUUUGGAAGAACAAGAGAAAAUACUUGUGUAUGAAUUUAUGCCCAACAGAAGCCUUGAUACCAUUCUUUUUGGUACAACCUUUUCACUAUUAGUUUCUCAAGGAUUUUUUUUCCACUAUGGCCGAGCUUCAAUAGGAAUAGUGCAAGUGCCACCAAACUUUCAUUGCAAUGCUGAUAUUUCUUUUUUAAAUGCAGAUGUUGAGAAACGCAAAGACCUAGAUUGGGGAAGGAGGUUCAAGAUUAUCAGUGGAGUUGCUAGGGGAUUACAAUAUCUCCACGAAGAUUCUCAAUUGAAGAUAGUUCACCGGGACCUGAAAGCAAGCAACAUUCUGUUGGACUUUGAUUACAACCCUAAGAUUUCUGAUUUUGGCUUGGCAAAGAUAUUUGGAGGGGAUCAAUCAGAAGAUGUCACUAGACGUAUUGCCGGGACAUAUGGAUACAUGUCGCCUGAAUAUGCCAUGCAUGGUCAAUACUCAGCAAAAUCGGAUGCGUUCAGCUUCGGCGUUUUGGUUUUGGAGAUCGUCACGGGAAGAAGAAACAACGGCUCCUGCAACUCCGAGCAAUAUGUUUAUCUCGUAAAUCUUGUAUGGGAACACUGGACCAGGGGAAAUGUCGUCGAGUUGAUCGAUCCAUCCCUUAGCGGCCAUCCUUCUCACGUUGACCAGGUGCUGAAAUGCAUCCGAACCGGGCUGCUGUGUGUGCAGAACAGACCUGAAGAUAGGCCGGCAAUGUCGUCGGUAAAUUCCAUGCUUACCAGCCAGAGUGUCCGUCUCCCUUCUGUUUCCAUGCCAGCCUUCUGUGACAGAUUGAGUGGAUGCAGUGAUAAUUCAGAAUCGGAGUCUUCGAAUGGAAUGACCAUCACAAAGCUUGAGCCAAGAUGA